AUUUUUUCUCAAUAAAUAAUUAGCAAUGGGCAAACAAAAGAAAACUCGAAAAAUACAAAAACAACGUACAGCGAAACUGAAGCGAUUGAUGAAACCCACUGACAGCCGCCUCAAGGAAGAAAUACGCAAGAAGCGUAAAAAACCAGAGGAUCUACACGCUCUUAAAGUGCACCAUGUUCAACAGCAAAGUUCAGCGCUUUUCUUUCAAUACAAUACACAGCUGGGUCCACCAUAUCACAUCAUACUUGAUACAAAUUUCAUUAACUUUAGCAUUAAAAACAAACUGGAUAUCAUCCAAGGCAUGAUGGACUGUUUAUAUGCCAAAUGUAUACCCUAUAUAUCGGAUUGUGUUCGAGCGGAGUUGGAAAAAUUAGGAAGUCGCUAUAAAUUAGCGCUGCGAAUUAUAUCUGAUCCCCGCUUUGAGCGUUUACCAUGUUUGCAUAAAGGCACAUAUGCUGAUGACUGUUUGGUAGAAAGAGUGCGUCAACAUAAAUGCUAUAUAGUGGCGACCAAUGACAAGGAUUUAAAAAAUCGUGUACGCAAAAUUCCAGGCGUACCUAUUAUGUAUGUGGCAGCGCACAAAUACGCCAUUGAACGUAUGCCAGAGGCGUAUGGUGUAAAGGCAUAAUUGUAGGUACAUAGAUUUAAGUGAGUAGUGACUAACUAAUUAGUUUUAAUUGCAUUUUUAUAAGUAAAAUUUUGACUUUAUUGUCAUUAUAUAUAUAAAUCAAAAAAUGCAUACUUGAAAAAAAAGUAAACUUGGAAUGCUAAACUAACUUGUAUAAUUGCGUAUUUUUAGUAUAUCUGUACGAAA